AGUUGGUUGAGUUUUAUUAAAUCUAUGUUAAUCAUGUCAACUGUAUAUGUACUUAUAUCCUGAUAUAAUUUUUGAAAUAUGGUUCCUAUGUUUACUUUACAUAAGCCACAGAGACGACCUCUACAGCUAAGUGAGCAAGGCCAAGUCCUUGAGAUUGCCAUUGAAACCGCUGCAAAUGUUAUUCUAGAUCUUAAGGACAGCCCUAAUGAUUGGGUCAGUAAAGUUGGUGAUGGUGACUGUGGAUCAACUAUGUAUAGAGGCGCAAAAGCCAUUCUGGAGGACAUCAAAAACUAUCCUCUAAAUGAUGCUGCAGAAACUGUCAAUGAAAUUGGAUCAACAAUUCGAAGAGCCAUGGGAGGAAGCAGGAACAAGUGGGAUCAUGUAUUAUGCUAUACUUAUGCCAUUGUUGAAGUUUAACUAAUUAUGCUGCUUGAGUAUUGCUUUCAAGAAACUUUCUCUUUUCAGAUAUACAAUUUUCUACAAGGCAGCAUAUACACAGCUGAAACCAAGCUCUGGUUCUGUUGUCACGCCAAAACAAUGUGGGAAAUCCAAUAUGGCUACCAUUAAUUUCAGAGUUAACUUUUCCUUUUCCCAUUUUUUACUGGCAAUCCCUCAUGAGUUGUUUGAUUUUCAGGGGAUGAGGC